AUGGUCCAGAGGAAAGCCCUGACGCCGGCAUUUUCUAUUACUUCCAUCCGGUCUUUGAUGCCCAUCUUCUGGGCAAAGUCUCUGCACUUGGCCAAGCUCUUAGAGCAAGGAAUCAAGGAAGCAAAUACUGAUAGCAAGUGCUUCGAGGUCUUGGAAUGGCUCAACAGGACGACUCUAGACAUUAUCGGUCGCGCUGGUCUCGGCACCGACAUUGACUCGCUGGAUGACCCGGAAACACCACUCCGGGACGCAUAUCGACGAUGCUUCGACUUUGACUUGCAGGCACGCAUCAUCAAUGGACUGGCGGCAUUUACCUCGCUGGUCCGAUUUCUGCCGGCUCGUGCCAACCGUGACAUCCUCACGGCCCGAAAUAUCAUCCUUAGCAAAGCGGCACAGAUCAUCCAGGAAAAGCAAUCAGAGGCCGACAGAAAACAAGAAACCCGCCAUAAAGACAUUAUUGGACUUAUUGUCAAGGACAACAUGGCUGCGAGCAAGGAAGACACACUCACGGUGGAGACGAUGCGACAACAGGUCAUGACCUUUCUCGGGGCAGGACACGAUACGACCGCGACCUCGGUGGCGUGGACUCUUUUGAUGUUAGCCAAGCAUGCAGACGUGCAGACGAAACUGCGACAGGAGAUUCGGUCCCACUUGCCCUUCCUGUUCAAUGCCGAAGCCCGCGAGAGCGAGGCCAACAUCGAGAAGGCAGACGUAGACCUGCUCCCUUACCUUGAAGACGUCUGCAAGGAGUCAUUGCGCUACAUCCCCUCAGUCCCUAUGACGGUUCGCAAGACUAUCGCCGACGACACUUUGGCGGGCUAUCACAUCCCUGCGGGGACUACUAUCUACCUCAUGGCUAAUGCGAUCAACCAUCUACCAAUGUACUGGGGAGACACUGCCAACAAGUUUGAUCCAUCUCGCUGGCGCAAUUUGCCUCCCACAUACACGACCAACGCAUUCAUGACCUUUUUGCAGGGACCACGUGGCUGUGUCGGCCGCAAGUUUGCCGAGGUUGAGAUGAAGACCAUCCUCUGCUCGCUGCUGAGCAAGUUUUAUUUCGACCAAGAUCUGUCGGUGCAAGAUCCGGAGCAGUUGAAGAUGUGGAGGUUGGUUCUGAGACCAAGAGACGGGGUCAGCUUGAAAAUCUCUCCACUCAAAGCGUAG